UUUUUAAGUUUCCAUCUUCUUUUUGUGAUGAAGCUGCGAUCUCUUGUUGCUCAAUUUUGGUGGGGCCAGAAGCAAGGUGAACGGAAAAUUCACUGGUUAGCUUGGAAGAAGCUCUGUAGGAAGAAGAGUGAAGGGGGUUUGGGUUUCCGCGACUUUAAAUUAUUUAAUUGGGCUCUCUUGGGAAAACAAGCAUGGAGAUUAUUGAUGAAGCCGGGUAGUCUUGUGGAGCAAGUGCUUAAGUCUCGUUACUAUCCUAAUUGCUCUUUUAUGAUGCUGAUUUGGGGGUUAACCCAAGUUACACAUGGAGGGGAAUUGCGGAGUCCAGAUGGGUGGUUCGCCGAGGUAUUAGAUGGAGAGUGGGUAAUGGUGAGUUGACUAGAGUAUGGUCUGACCCUUGGGUGCCGCAAACCCAAACUCACAUGAUCAUUUCGCCCCUGGGAAAUGCUGAUCAUAAUUUGAGAGUGAGUGUCUGUUGGUUUAGAAUUCGGCUUGCUGGGAUUAUGAGAAGCUAAAUCAAUAUUUUUUGCCGUUUGAAUGUGAUAGAAUCAGCAGCAUCCCUCUGAGUUCUCAGCUUCCUAAUGAUCGUAUAUGCUGGGAUUUGGAGAAAAAUGGUGAGUAUUCUGUCAGGUCAGCCUAUCGUGCUAUGUUUGAGGAUGAUUGGAAGAAUGGGGAGGAAGCUCCUUCUAAUGCUCAUUCUAUUUGGAAGCGUAUUUGGCAUUUACAGGUCCUCCCACGUAUUAAAAUUUUUGCGUGGAGGGCCUGUCAGAAUGCGCUUCCUACUCGCUACAAUAUUCACCAUCGGAUCCGUGACUAUGACCCUGAUUGUUGCAUCUGUCAACGAGAACUUUGAGUCUACUCUUCAUGCCCUUAGAGAUUGCAAGUUUGCGCGGGAAAUCUGGAGUAAAAGUCAAUUUUCUCAUGUUGCUUGUUCUAGAAUGAGUACUAUCAUUGACUGGUGGGAGAGUGUUUUUACAGAGUUUGAUAAUGAUGAGGUUACUAGCAUUAUUACCCUUUGCUGGGCUAUUUGGGGAGCUCGUAACUCCAGGAUAAUGGAAGGAAAAAUCAUUGAGCCUGAGGACACAGUUAAGUAUGCUUUGAAGAUCUGCCAGGAAGUUAGUGAGGAAAGCUGCAAGCUGGAUGUAAGGCCUGGUAGGACUGCUGCUGUGAGCCACCCUGAGACGUGGUCUAUUCCUGAUCAGGGGUGGCAUAAGGUCGAUGGUGAUGCUGGAAUCAUUGGGGAGUUAGGCUCUGGGCUUGGUGCAGUGAUCAGAGAUAGCAGUGGGGUGGUGUGUGCGUGCUCUUCCUUCCAAGCUCCUGAUAAAUGGACGACUGAGGUGGCUGAAGCGAAAGCUGUGCUCUUUGGGCUGCAACUUGCUGGUGAGCUGGGUGUGCAGCAGAUUGUCUUGGAGAGUGAUUGCCUUCUUGUGAUCCAAGCACUAAGAAACAAGUCGACUGGUUCUAGUUCCAUUCACUUAGUUCUUGAUGAUAUUUAUGCAAAGAGUAGUAAUUUUGUUAAUGUUAGAUGGUCUUUUGUGAAGCGGGGUGGAAAUAAAAUUGCACACGCCUUGGCUCACUCUCAGCCUUGGGAGGUUGGUCAUAGGGUGUGGAACGAUGUAAUUCCGACUCGCAUUUUGGAGCUUGCUUUGGCCGAUCUUAAUGAGUAAUUUUGCCCUUUGGGGUGGUUUCAAAAAAAAAAAAAAAAAAAAGGAAAAAAAAAAAGAAGAAGAAGAAGAAAAAUCACUUCUUGAAUAUUCUUCGUAUUACAUGAUUAUAUUCUUAACAAAUGAUAAAUGGAGCAGAGUAGGAGCCAAUAUUUUGAAUUAGUCAUUUUCAACAUAUCAAUCAAUCAAGCCUUAAUCCCAUAAGUGAGGUUGGUUACAUGAACUGAAAGUGAUUUUUCAACCUAAAGUACAUCUUAACGAGCAUCAUCUCUACUUUUUUAAAAGUAUGAGAAAACACUUAUGAAUAGUGUGAGGACAAUUAUAUCCUCAAAAUGUUAGUUUACCUAUAUGUCUCUCUUGAUAUGAUGUUAAUUGCAUCUAAAGUUUUCCCUUGUGUGAUUUAAUUAUUUAACUCUUAUGGAGUAUACCCUCUAACAUGUAUAUUUACUUAUUUGCUGUUAAUUGCCUUUUUUUUUCUAAACUAUAGAACAAUAUUUUCCCUCAUUAAUAUUUUCAACAAUUGGAAGCUCUCUAAACAUGGCUAGCUAUGGCGCACGCAUAACACUACUUGUGGUCAGUGCAAUAAAAUAAUCUGCUACAAUUGGAGUACUUUAUUCAUUUUGACUAGCAAAGGUCGGUUGAUCUUAUCUUCUAUGAAAGCUUCUGCUAAAGAUAAUUCAAGCACAAGAUUGCAGAUCACAGCAUAAACAUAACUAUGGAGGAAAUGUUGCAAUCGAAGCCGGUUCAAGAAAUAGCUCUAAGCUGUAAUGGUGAAAUCCCAGAACAGUUUAUUCAUAAAGAUGGAUUCCCACCAUCGAAAGUUGACUCUGUUUCAUACAUGGAUGAUUUUGUCAUUGAUUUUUCUCUCGUGUUUUUGCCUUCAUCUCCUGAAUCUGAUCAUGAAUUAGGAAAGCUUCGAUCAGCUCUCAGUCAAUGGGGUUGUUUCCAGGCCAUAAAUCAUGGCAUGACCAAUGAUUUCCUUGACAAAAUCCGUGAAGUUGGCAAGCAAUUUUUUGCACUUCCUCUUGAGGAGAAACAAAAGUACUCUAGAGGUAUCGAUGAUUGGGAUGGAUAUGGAAAUGAUGCAGUUGUAUCGAAGCAGCAGACUCUCGAUUGGAUGGAUCGACUUUACCUUACAGUUAACCCUGAAGAUCAACGAAAGCUAAAAUAUUGGCCUGAGAAGCCAGUUGCAUUUAGGUACAUCUUUAAUAUCUAUAGUAUUUUUCCUCUAGGUAAGGUGAAUGAU